AUGGAUCAGAGAGAGCUCGAGAUGCGCAUCAAGGCGCUCACCAAGAGCGUGGCCGCCAACGAGGCGCCGGAAAACGCGCUGCGCCUACUGGAUCUGCUGAAGAAGGACGCGGCGCCAACUGAGGAAAUGCUUCGGGCGACCCGUGCCGGUGUCUUUGUCGGCAAGCUGCGCUCCAACGCCAACAAGGAGAUUGCCCGGUCGGCGGCCGAGCUAGUGAACAAGUGGAAGAAGCUCGUCGAGCAAGAAAAGUACACAAAGAUGCAAAAGUCCAAGCUCGGCUCCCCCGCCUCCGGCACCGCCGCCUCCCCUCCGACGACGACCACCUCCGCGACCGCCACGCCUGCGGGCGCCAACAAGAAAUUCGCCGGCGACCCCGAGACGCGCAAGUACGAUGCCGACGGCGUCGACACCAAGCGCACCGACUCGACCGUGCGCAACAGCUGCAUCGGGCUCAUCUACAACGGCCUGGCCUUUCGCUCCACCGCCUCCGAGUCGGACGUGUUGGCCAAGGCCGUGGCCGUCGAAGCGGCCGCGUUCGCCCACUUCAAGGGCGAGGGCGCCGACUACAAGAAGAAGAUUCGCUCCCUCUUCACCAACCUCAAGAACAAGUCGAACCGCGCGCUGGGCGUGAGCGUCAUGGGGAGCGAGAUCCCGCCGGAGCGCUUCGUCGCCAUGACCGACGACGACUUGAAGAGCGACGACCAGCGCAAAAAGGAGAUUGAGCUGGAAAAGGAAAACAUGAAAAAGGCGCAGGUGCCCAUGGCGGAGAAGAGCAUCAGCGACAGCCUCGAGUGCGGCAAGUGCAAGCAGAAAAAGGUCAGCUACACACAGGCGCAGACGCGUAGUGCGGAUGAGCCGAUGACGACGUUUUGCGAGUGCAUGAAUUGCGGCAACAGAUGGAAGUUUUCCUAA